UAAAACACACACACAAACAAAACAAAUGUCUAUUCGAACACGUCACAACUACAUACAACAGGUGACUUACUUAAGUUUUUUACCUAUACCUGGGUUUAUAUUAUACAUAACCUGGGUUUUAAUAAUUUGAUAUUUUCUUCAUUUGAAAUAUAAAAAAACGUCCUUAAAUCAAAAUAUUUGGUAAAAUAACUUAAAUCCACCUGUGUCCCAUUUCACGAAGCUACAAGUUAUAAUUUACAAGCGGAAGUCUCUUUAUAAUACAUAAGGUUAGAAAGAGACUUCCGCUUGUAAAUUGUAACUUGUAGCUUCGCAAAACGAGCCACUGGUAAGUUUUGUAACUUAAUUAUAAUCCUGAUAACUUUACAUAUAAAUAAACUACCUAAAGUGUCCAACAUACAUCCGUUCAAAUUCAAAAGGUCAUUUAUAAAGGGAUAUUUUGCGGCACUUACGUCAUUUUACUAUGAUUUUUGAGUUAUAACUCAAAAACGGCUGAACUGAUUUUAUUAGAUUACAGGAGACGGAGGAGACCUCAUGAGCAUUUUUUAUAGUGAACGAAACUAAGAUAAAAUAUCUACUACAUACUUUUUCUCGGUUUCGUUAAACAUAAAUCUUCACUUGGCACUUCAAAAUAAUGAGUAUAAACAGGAUUUGCUCUAUACAAUACCUACUAUUUAUCUUAAAGUUAGGUCAAAUAAAAAAAAAUACACGUAAGGUUAUGUGGGAGAGGGGGGGGGGGGGGGAAUAGCCAAGAAUCUCACCAAAUAUCACCAAGGGGGAGGGAGGUCAAAAAAGUAGCCGAAAAAACCGCGCGUGAUUUGUGCACCUUGUGUACGGAACCCUAAAAAACCGUUUUGUUCGCUGUUAAAAUUAAUAAAAAUUAAAAAGUAGAGGAAAUAUAAUAAUUAAAAGAUGACUUUUGGUAAAUGUUGUGAAAAAAGUUGAUGUUCUUUUAAUCAAUCUGUUUUUUAACACAUCUUUUGAUUGGACCUAAUGGACCUGGCACUGGCAACACUGUAUUUCACUUCAUCACCAUCAGUCAUCAUCAUCACUCAUCAGAAGAGAAUCGCAGGCAGUUGGCACAGAGUACUAAAGAGUAUAUUAAUUACAUAUUAAUAUAUGUAUAGAAGAGCACAGAGGCACAUUAAAACUGCCAUAAAGGACUGAUCAUUGUAUUACACGAUUGUGCUCAGGGAUUUGGAAUAAGAAAAAAAUCAUCGUAUCAUUGUCUGUGAAUUAAUCAGAAAGAACGCAGUCACUGGAGUUCAGGUGCACAGCCACAAAAGAGAUCAUAUGGAAUUAUUCAUAAAUAAGUUAGUUUGACUAAUUUUAAUGAUUUGAAGCACUGGCUGACAUGGUCAAAUACUGCCCAUACCAAUGGUAUUUAGAGUUUUUCUUCAAAGUUAGAAUUCUGGUGCAUCAUAAUUAAUUUGAAUGCAGUUUAUUAUAAAUUAAAAUCAUGUUUUAUUAAAGAGUUCCCUAGAGUUUUUGAAUGAAAUGACAGAUGUGAUUCCACCAUGUACAUGUAGGGACUCGUGGCUGGAGUACAGGCAGUAUUGACCACUUGCUGCAGUCACUCACCCCACUAUUUGCUCCAAAGUACUGGACCAAUUGACUUGAAAUUUGGUACACUUACCUAUGUAAAAUUUGCUCUCUUAAUGGUACUUCUCCUUCCCAAACAUGAGUGGAGAUGAAGUUUUGAUAUCCAGUAGUUUAACUUUUUUUUAUUUUUGUUAUUUUUAGUGCACAUUUGCUUGUCACUCACCAUGUAAUAUUAGAAAACGGUUAAGAAUAACAGUAAUAAUUUUUAAUAAUAAACUUUGAUAGGUUUCGUAGACUUAGAGUAUUAUCUCUCUAUUGGUCCAUCUGUAUAUCCAUCUGUCCGUAUGUUACAGGCAUUUUAAUUUCACUGGAUAUCUUACCCUCUUUACCGGAACACAGCAGUGCCAACACUGCUGGUUAGCGGCAGGAUUAACGGGUAAUAUAAAAUGUUUUCUCUGGUGAAAUUCAACAACGACGAAUUGCAAAUAGUACCUACAAAACGUGUGCAAAUUGGCAAAAACAAACAAUGCACAGUAAACUGCAAAGGAUCGAAAUAUUCUGCAGUCGUACUUAAAUUACAUGAUUCGAAAGAAAUAUUGGAAAAAGAAAUUGAGAAUGAUAACUUAAACAAAUAUGCACACAAUAAAAAUGAGGACAAUAAAAUGUUAUUGCCUGCGAACUGUGAAUCGUCUGAAAACUUAAAAGAGAUAUUGGAAAAAGAAAUUGAGAAUGAUAACUUGAAAACCAAGAAGACAAGAAAAAAGAAAAGACAGGCUGUACACAAUAAAAAUAAGGACAAGACUAUUUUAUUGCCUGCUGACUGUGAAUCGUCUGAAAACGUUUCGAAAGAGAUGGCUGUACCCAAUAAAAAUAAGGACAAUACAAUUUUAUUGCCUGUUGACUGUGAAUCGUCUGAAAACGUUUCGAAAGAGAUAUUGGAAAACGAAAUUAAGAAUGAUAAUUUGAAGACCAAGAAGGCAAAACAAAAGAAAAGAAAUCUGUUGAGAGUGAAACUUACAGAUACUCUUGAUAUCGACAAGGCUCGAAAUAGUUCGUUAAGAAUAAUAUGCGAUACAGUAAUUACAGGAGGACAGCCUGUCCAUAAUAAAAAUGAGGAUGAUACAUUUAUUGACACAAUUUUAUUGCCUGAAAACUGUGAAUCGUGUGAAAACGUUGCCGAUUUGCCUUUAGAACAGUUGAUAAAAAAAUAUGAUUUCGAUUCUAAUAUAGAGACUGUUGACCAGGAAAUGGGAGCUGAGAUCUCUUACUGUCACUUGUCUCCUGUUGAUCCUGAAAUAGAAUUUGAAAUUAGCACUGGACAUGAUGAAUUAGCACCUAUUAAUGUUAGUAAAACACUUACCAAUGCAAGUGAUUCUACUUAUGUACCAGAUCAGACGACAUCUGUAAAAGAUAUUUCCCAAAUUUCACAAAAAUCUGAAACUUUUAACAAAUGUUUACCUGUAGAUGUCAGAAAAGUUACUGUUCCACAGUCAAAAACGUCAGACACAAGAAGAACAAAAAAAUAUUUUUGUCCAUUUUGCAAUAAACUUCAAACAAAAUUUGCUAGACACCUAGAACUUCUUCAUUAUUCUGAACCUGAAGUAAAAAAGUUUAUAAAGCUACCGAAAAAAAAUCCUGAAAGACAAAAAAUCAUAGAGACCAUACGCAAAAACGGUAAUUAUAUUCAUAAUACUCAACCCCAACAUAAUACAGGAAUACUCAUUACAUGUAGACAGCAAGUGCAUAAUGAAAAUUCUGCAGAAGACUAUGUAUGCUGUAAUACCUGUAAGGGUUUCUUUUCAAAAAGAACUUUGAGACUACAUUAUCGUAAUUGUGGCGAAAAAAACUACAAGAAAGGUGCUAAGCAGACGAUGAUAAUGGGACGACGAAUUACAGGAUACAUUCAUCCUCGAGCAAAUAUAUGUCUUCGAAGGAAAGUAUUUCCAGUGUUACGGGAUGAUUCAAUAACAAGACUAAUAAAAUAUGACGAAUUAAUAAUAAUCUUUGGAAAUAAAUUGUGUGAAAAAUACACUUUGGAGCAUCAACAUGACAUGAUCAGAAGUCAUCUUAGACUCUUAGGGCGUUUUUUAACGGCUGUCAAGGAAAAGGAUAAAAACAUUGCCGAUUUAUCUUCAGUGUUCCAGCCCAAAUUUUUCGACACUGUAUUAGAGGGUAUAAAGAUAUGCGCUAGCUAUGACCCGGACAAGAUGAUGUAUGCAGCACCAUCGGUAGCAACUACAAUCGGAACAUUAAUAAAGAAAUGCCUAAAAAUGCAUAUGUCUGAGUGUAUUAAGACCCAAAAUGAAACUGCGAAAAAAGCUGCAGAAGAUUUUCUUAUUUUAUUUGAAGAAGACAUACCAACCACCAUUAAUAAAAAAGUCUUCGAAGAUCAAUUAAAAAAGAAAAGAGAAAAAGUUGUUCAGCUACCAACAAUAAGUGAUAUUUCUUCUUUAUACUCCUUCUUGAAAACAAAGAUGUCAGAAGCCUAUGAUGCCCUCGAAAAACAAUUUACCCUAGAAUCAUAUAAUACUUUAGCUGAGAGUACAUUAGUUUUGCUUCAAACUUUCAAUAGACGCCGAGCAGGAGAAAUAGAAAGGCUUUUAAUAUCAGAUUACAAUAAACAAGAAACGGUUGACAAGAAUGUGAAUUCCGAUGUAUAUGAUAACAUAUCUCCAGAGUCACGAAAAUACGCACAAAAAUUUGUAAGGAUUACCAUACGUGGUAAACUUGGUAGGGUUGUGCCAGUUUUGUUAGAUGCAUUCAUUGUAAAAUGUAUAGAAAAACUGAUGAAAUUACGACAUAAAGCUGGGAUAAGUUCUGAAAACGAAUAUAUCUUUGCAGCUGCAUCAAAAGAUGGUAACAAAAAGAACUAUUUACGGGCUUGUCCUCUUAUGCGCAAGUUUUCAGAGGAGUGUGGAGCCAAGAUGCCUACUACACUUCGAGGAACGACUCUAAGAAAGCAUGUAGCAACUUAUUCAGCUAUACAAGGUAUUGAAGAGCGUGAAGUAACUGAUCUUGCAAAUUUUAUGGGACAUCACAAAGAUAUCCAUAAAAGUGUUUAUCGAGUGCCAGUACCACUGAGAGAUUUGGCCAAUGUGUCAAAAAUAUUAGAAAAUGCUAUGGGUAAUUGCGAAACCAAUGAUGACGAUAAAUGCAGCAACAUUUUCGAUAAAUCUACAAGCACACCCACAGAAAACAAUCGUAUAGACAAAUCCAUAACAUCUCUCAAUCGCAGUAAACUUGUUAUCACCGACGAUUCAGUUUCCAGUGAGUCCAACGAACUUAGCCACAAAACUAACGAAAGUGAGGAUAAGCCUAUAAAGAAGUUGCUAAAGCGCAGACGACGCAUUGUUUCUGAUGAUUCACUUUCAGGUUCAGAACAACAAAGAGAACCAAUUGAGCCAAAUGAUCCUGAACCUGAUAGCUUUACAGAUGGUACAAAUCGUCGUAGUACUUCUCCAUUUGGUAAAACCAAACGGGUAAGAUGGAACAGUGAUGAAAAAUUUGCAAUUGCCGAUUGUUUUGGUGAUCCCACCAAAUGUUCCAAAUUGCCUUCAUUGAACGCAUGUUUUGAAGCCACCAAAAAGUACACAGCUUUGAAAAGUCGAACCCCGCAGCAAAUUAAGACCUGGAUUGACAACCAAAGAAAAGCUAAAACUCGCUUGGAAGUAUAUAAGCUUAAAUCAAGAAAAUCUUAAUAUUACUGUAAUAAUGUUUAAAUAUAUUAAUGACAGUGAAUAUGUUAAUAGGCAGGUCCACACAGAGCGAACAUACGCGCGAAGCAAUUUCCGCGCGUUUUCCUCGCCCGAGCGCGCUGCCUCGGCCGAGGCACGAUUACACUGGCAGUUUUGUGCGCGAGGAAAUUGCCUCGCGCGUAUGCUCGCUCUGUGUGGACCCGCCUAGUGACUAAUAGAGGAGCAUCAUCACUCACAUACACUUACAAGCACACAACACACACGCGACCUCGUCUGUCGCCUACGCUACAUGUACUCACCCUACUCAUGGAAAUUGAGUUGCCCUCAAGUAGACACACCUAUAAUAGUACAUUACGAUACAAGUGCGAAAAAUAGGAAAUUCGAAACGAGUGGCGAUAAAUUAAAACACGACCGAAGGGAGUGUUUUAAAUCGACACGAGUUGCGAAUUACCUAUUCGCACAUGUAUCGUACAACGUUUUACAGUACAUAUGGCCCUUUAAAUGUUCGACACAGUAACGUAAUAUGCUACUUCUCGCACUAGUGCUAUAAAGUAGCCCCAUAUGUACUGUAAAAUAACUUAUCUUUUUUACCAAGGCACCAAUCAUCGGUAUUGGGGUCGGGUGGUACCGUUAGCUGCUAUUUUUUUCUACAUAUAGACUCCUGUCUAUACCUUCCACACCAUGGUGUAGAGUAUUGACACCUCUAAUACCUAAGUAAGGUGAGAAAGCUUUGUCAAGCUCUACCCCAAAAGGCGGUAGAACCUGGAAUCGCCAGGGAGCAAUUUCUUCCCAGUUUACAGUUGCAUCAAGACGGACCUAAUUUGGUUCCGCACACUUGUAAACAGCUUCUAUUCCUGUUAAUAUUAUAGAUAUGUACAUAGCUACUGUUCAUAGUAUACAUAACACAUUACAUUAGUUACAAGCAUUGUAACACCGUUGGUUACAUUUUUGUUGCAAUAUGUAUAGUACAAAGUUCUUUAAGUCAGCGGGAUUUCAGCACUAAUUACCAUUUUCAUUGGGUAUGGAAAGUAGUUAGUUAUGAUGUAAGCUAAGUAAGAUGAAUAAGCUAACUAAGUAGCAAGUUGGUUCUUGUUGUAAUUGGCAUAGGUCAAAAAUAGUAUAAUGUGAAUACUGUAUGUUAUGCAAAAUUUGGUAAUAUUGAUAGGCCUAGAAAUACAUUUUCUAGUUAAUAUAAUUAUAAUGUAUAUAUUUUUAGCAAUUAAAAUUGAUACAUUAGUUAAGUCAUUGGUGAUAUUACGGUUGGUCUCAGUUUUCCGGAAAUUUGGGCUAUCCCAAUUUUUUUUGUUUUCAAUAUGCUUGUACAGUUGUUAACAACGCUAAUAUAUUUUCGUUUGUUCUUGCCUUGUGUUCCAGUAACUAUCACGAUGUUUUAUGGCUAGCCAUAGAAAAACGGGUGUCAUUACUUUUCUACCUAUUGUUUUAAACAUUCCAUACCGCUGUGGGUAACAUAUUUCAUACAUUUGUGUUUUCUGUCAACAGAACCACAACGAGAUGUUCUGCAACUUUUCUUUCAACAGCAAGAGACUAACUCCAUAUCUUUGAUUACUAUCAGUUAUUUUGAGGAUGUAAUGAGGAGGACUGAGAUCCCCAUUCGGCAUCUUCCACCCACAUUCGACAAGUGGAGGUAAUCUUUAAAUAGCUGAAUGCCAAUAUCAGCAAAGGGCUUGAUAAUUUGCCCUACGUAGGUGGUGGCCAAGUACGAGUUUUGUUGGCGGCAAUUUGUUAAGUUACUUUACAUGUUGGAACAUGACUGCCCGUAAGUCGUUGAUCUCUUUGAACAUGUAAAAUAACUGGAAAAUUGCCGCCAGCAAGACACGUGCUCAGCCACCACAGUCAGACAUAUUAUCAAGUACUUUGCUAGGAUACUGUUGACACAGCCACUCAAUGUAGAAUGGGCAUCUCAGCCCAUUACAUCCUCAAAAGAACCAAUAUCAAAUAUCUCUUGCAGUUCAAACAUCUCGUUGUGGUUGUACCGACAGAUAACGCAAAUGUAUGCUUUAAUCAAGAGACAUUCAAUCCACUAAGGUGUGUAUCUUUUUAAUUACAUUAUUAAAUAAAAAUUGAUAUUUUAAGAAA